AGACAGAUAGAUAGAGAGAGAGCGAGCGAGCGAGAGAGAGAGAGAGAGAGAGAGAGAGAGAGAGAGAUGGCGGAGGAGUCGGAGAAGGUGCAGGUGUCCGUGGAGCCGCCGCCUCCGGCAGAGGAGAAACCGGACGAUUCCAAAGCGCUCGCAGUUGUGGAGAAGUCUGCUUCACAAGAGACAAAAAGCGUGGGGAGCUCAAUCGAUAGAGAUGUUGCUCUGGCACAGGUCGAGACCGAAAAGAAACUGUCUUUGAUCAAGGCAUGGGAAGAAAGUGAGAAGACAAAAGCUGAGAAUAAAUCUCAAAAGAAGCUGUCAGCCAUUACUUCAUGGGAGAACUCAAAGAAGGCAACUCUAGAAGCAGAGCUGAAAAAGAUCGAGGAAAAAAUAGAGAACCAGAAGGCAGAAUAUGCCGAGAAAAUGAAGAAUAAAAUUGCUAUGAUUCACAAAGCUGCCGAAGAGAAGAAGGCACUGGUGGAGGCUAAGCGUGGGGAAGAGCUUCUGAAGGCAGAAGAAACUGCUGCAAAGUAUCGCGCUACAGGGCAGGCUCCUAAGAAGGGAUUUAGCUGCUUCAGUGCUUGAGGAGAUGAGGCAGAAAUCGAAAGAGUUCAUGAAGUUCAUGCAUCCUCUUCAUUAUGUUCUAUUUGUGGGUGUCCUUUUAAGAUUUCAGCUUGUGUUGUUGUAAAGCAUAUGUGGUGUUUGUAUAUUAGCAAUCCUAGAGAAACCAGUAAGGACAUGCAUGCAUUCUUGUUAUCUGUGAGAUUGAAUUAUACUGUAUUCUCAAAAACAUCUUUAUUCUUAUUAUUUGUCAGACAAUUCCUUUUCCACUGAAA